AUGGCCGACUUUGGGGAGUACCCCGCCAAUAUGGCAUCUCAGGAUGCCCUCAUUUUGCGCGAGGAGAGCGGCCCCGCCCACGCCGUCGUCAAGUACUCGGGCGAAGAACUCACACGACCCAAGUUUGGCCCCACGAACCCAUUCAAGGACGAGGCGAGUGCACUGAAGCGCAAGAACGUCCUGACCGGGAACGCCGAGGAGACCUUUGUCAGCGAACACACUUUUCGGAGCAAACAUCGUGCUAUCGAGCGGCGGGGUGGUCCCGAGAGAGAGUUUCAGACAGGCGCCCAGAUCAAGCAAGAGGCCAAGAGGCUACGCGCUGGCCGCGAGGGCAAGGGAGAUGCUACCAUUGCCGACGGAGAUGGUGCUUACGUUGGCCCCUGGGCAAAGUACAAGCGGGAAGAAUACGAAGAGGUCGGAGAGGAUGAAGAAAUCGGCACCGACGAAGAAGUCGAGUAUGUCUACGAAGACGAGGACGGAGACGAUGUCGUCGCGAGUGGUACAGUCGUAUCGGCACCCGUAGAGGCCAUUUCAAGGAGGAAAGAAGUCGAGGCGCUUGGCGAUGAGACCACAACGUUCCAUGGAGAGUCUCAGUAUGACUACCAGGGCCGCACAUAUAUGCACGUUCCGCAAGACCUGGAUAUCAACCUACGCAAAGAGUUGGGCAGCACUCCAAACUACAUACCCAAAAAGGUGGUACAUACCUGGAAGGAUUUUGGCGACAAGGCAGUCACCGGACUACGCUUCUUCCCCCACUCUGGACACCUCUUGCUAUCGGCCGGCGCAGAUGCCACCGUCAAGAUCUUCGACGUCUAUCACCAAAGGGAAUUAUUACGCACUUAUUCUGGACAUACAAAGGCUGUAUCAGAUAUUUGUUUCAACGAAUCCGGUACGCAAUUCCUAUCAGCCUCCUUCGACCGUAUGAUGAAGCUUUGGGACACGGAAACGGGCGCAUGCAUCAACAAGUUUACAACUGGAAAGACACCACACGUCAUCCGCUUCAACCCUUCCCCAGAGCACUCACACGAGUUCUUGGCUGGUAUGUCAGAUAAGAAGAUCGUCCAGUUCGACACGCGGACGAGGGAAGUGGUGCAAGAGUACGACCACCACCUCAACGCCAUCAACACCAUUGUCUUUGUGGAUGACAACCGCCGCUUCAUGACAACCUCGGACGAUAAGUCGCUACGCGCUUGGGACUACAACAUUCCCGUUCCAAUCAAGUAUAUUGCUGAGCCCUACAUGUACCCAAUGACUCGGGCGGCACGGCAUCCGUCGGGCAAGUAUGUGGCAUAUCAGUCGAGCGACAACCAAAUUGUGGUCUAUGGCGCAACCGACAAGUUCCGCCAAAAUCGCAAAAAGGGCUAUCGAGGACACAAUAAUGCCGGCACAGGUAUUGAUAUCGACAUCAGCUCCGACGGUCAGUUCCUUGCCAGUGGCGACUCUGCUGGCUACGUCUGCUUCUGGGACUGGAAAACGUGCAAGAUGUACCACAAGAUGCAGGUCAGCGACCAGGCCGUCACUUGCGUACAAUGGCAUCCACAAGAAACGAGCAAGGUCGCAGUGGCUGGAAUGGACGGCAGAAUCAAGUAUUUGGACUAG